AUGACCACUAUUACCAGCUUCAGCUCUCACGACGUCCGAUUUCCGACGUCUCUGGACCAAGUUGGCUCCGAUGGAAUGAAUAAGGGCCCCGACUACUCGGCCGCCUAUUGUAUUUUGCAGACCGAUUCGAAACAUAGUGGACAUGGAAUGACAUUCACGAUUGGUCGUGGCAAUGAUCUCGUUUGCAGCGCAAUCAACCUGACUGCUCCCUUGAUUGUGGGCCGCAAGAUGGAAGACUUGGUCAAGGAUUGGGCUCGUACCUGGCGGUAUCUUACGUCGGAUUCCCAAUUGCGAUGGGUUGGCCCGGAGAAGGGCGUGAUCCACAUGGCGCUGGGCGCAGUUGUCAAUGCACUCUGGGAUCUUUGGGGUAAGGUAGAAGGUAAACCGGUAUGGCAGCUGGUGGCGGAUAUGACUCCCGAGGAAGUGGUUGGGUGCAUUGAUUUUCGCUACAUCACCGAUGCCAUCACCCCGGACGAAGCUAUCCAGAUGCUUCGAGAAACUCAGGUCGGAAAGGCCGAGAGAUUGGCAGAAGUACAGCGCAAUCGUGCCGUAUCGGCCUACACCACCAGUGCGGGAUGGCUUGGCUAUGGAAAGGACAAGAUGCGAGAGCUGCUUCGACAGAGCCUCGCAGAGGGAUUCAAGCACUUCAAGCUAAAGGUCGGGGGAUCAGUUGAAGAAGACCGGGACCGGCUAGGCAUUGCCCGUGAAGUCAUCGGAUAUGAUCAAGGGAACGUGCUCAUGGUUGAUGCCAACCAGGUCUGGUCCGUUCCAGAGGCCAUAGAGCACAUGAAAGCACUGGCCGAGUUCAAGCCUUGGUUCAUCGAGGAGCCUACGUCGCCAGAUGACAUUCUAGGCCACGCUGCAAUCCGCAAAGCUCUCCAGGGCCAGGUAGGCGUAGCAACCGGCGAGAUGGUCCAGAACCGCAUCGUAUUCAAACAGCUACUGCAGGCUGGGGCAAUCGACGUCUUGCAACCGGAUGCCUGUCGGGUGGGCGGCGUUAAUGAAGUUCUUGCUAUCUUACUCCUCGCUCGCAAGUUCAGGGUUCCCAUCGUGCCUCAUUCAGGCGGUGUUGGUCUACCUGAAUACACGCAACAUUUGAGUACAAUCGACUACUUGGUGGUUAGCGGACAGAAAAGCAUUCUCGAAUAUGUCGACCACUUGCAUGAGCACUUCCUCGAGCCUGCUCAGACCGAUUCGGGUCAUUAUAUCACACCACAAGCGCCAGGAUACAGUGUACAGAUGAAACCGGAGAGCCUGGAGCAAUACAGUUUUCCCGGAGGACCGCAAAGCUGGUGGAGAGGUGAGGAAGCCAGUCGCAUUCUGCACGGAGACCGCGGUCUGCCGUUGCUGUAA